ACAUCCAGCUUGCGCGACCUCCGCCACCUGUUCGGCGGCGAGUCUUCAUACCUGGUUUUGUGCUCCAUCCGAAACGAGCGAGCCGCGACCCUCCGCGCGCACCGACGACUACUACGACGACAAAAAGAAACUCUUCGCUUCCCGACGACUCCUCCAAAAGUGCGUGUUGUUCUUGUUGUUUUUCUGGGCUCCCGCGACAACGUGUUUGUGCUCGUCAAGAACGCCUGGUUUUCGUGCGUGCGUGUGUGUGCGUGCGUUCUUGUGUGUGUUCCGGCACGACUAGGAGAAGGUGCUGUGUACGAUCUGAAGAUCCAGUCCGACCGGACAAGCCGUCGGUUACCUCCCCAACUACUUCCUUGGAUUAUACGUUGUCUUCGUUCACAUCUGCCGCUGGAACCCGGAGCGCUGGGAAGAGAACUCCGCGCCCGUAGUGGAGUCUCGCCAACACGGGUCUCGUUGCUACUAUGCCUCAACGCUCCUCCGUCCAUCUGAGAAAAGAGCCGUGAAGCCCUCCGCAUGUUCGACCAGCAUGAAGACCACUGGGGAUACGAGAGCAGCAGUCUCUACGGCAGCAUGGCCUGUGUGGAAUCCAGGGCUACGACGACUUCCACGCCUCGAGAUUCCAUCUUUGCAGAAGACGUGGAGGCCUGCUGCGACGGCUACGGCGCCUCCAUGUCGGAUGCCGUCGGGAGUGGUGUAUCGGACAGGACCUUGUCGGAUUACAGGCUUCCCAAAUGUGACCCAACUUUUGAUAGUUGGACUGAGAUGAGCGUGGUCACCAAUGUAGUUCUCAAGAAGCGGAGGAAGCCCGAAAGCAAACCCCAAUCCCAGUUGAAAAAGUGCCUUAAUGAAAAACACCGACGAGAACAAGAGAACAUCUACUUGGAGGAACUAGCAGAACUGAUAUCUGCUAGCAUUUCUGACAUGAAUUCCCUGUCCGUCAAACCAGACAAGUGUGCCAUACUGCAGGAGACGGUCAAUCAGAUUCGCCGAAUCAAGCAACAAGCAGAGAGUGGACAGAGUGACGACUUGCAGCAGAGUGAAGUUUCGUCCAGUAAACCUACCAUUUUGGGCAGUGACGUGUUGGGACCGCUACUGCUCGAGGCACUCGACGGAUUUUUGUUUGUAGUGAACACGGACGGGAAGAUAGAGUUUGUGUCCGAGAACAUCACUUCCUUCAUCAAGUACACGCAAGACGACCUUGACGGGAAGAGCAUCUACAACAUCAUUCACCACGGAGACCAUGGUCGCUUCAGCAGCAACCUGCUGCCCAUGUCCAUAGGGAAUGGUUUUGGCUGGACCUCUGACCUCGCCCCGCCCGCUCUCGCCCUCCCCGGGGGCCCCAACAGCAAGAGUCGUUCGUUCCACUGCCGUUUUCUCGUCAAGCCUCCCGAUGCCGCGGAGGAGACCGUGGAAGAGAAGCAGACGCGCAUCUCUCAGUACGAGAACAUGCACAUCUCCGCCAUCUUUCUGCCCUAUCCUGGCGACAAGAGCGAAGGCACAGACUCCGAGUCCGAAGUUCAAAACUGCCUUGUUUGUGUUGCCCGCCGCAUCCCUGCGAAUGAGAAGAUCCCAUCCUCUGUAGGUGUGGAACAGUUCACGACACGCCUUGACCUCAGUGGGAAGAUUCUUGCUGUCGAUACCAGUGGGGUAUCGUCUACGUACAGUCAGUACCUCAACAAGUCCCUCGUGGGACGCGUCAUCCAGGAGCUUUGCGACUCGAGGGAGCUCCAGAAAUUGGAUCAGCACCUCAAAGAGACCCUGCACCACGGCCUGCACACGAGCGCCAUCUACCGCCUGAAGGUCACGCAGGACAAGUCUCUCCUGGUCCAGACGAAGAGCAAGCGCUUCAACUACAACCAAGUGACGAACGAGCCGGAGUUCAUCAUGGCCACUCAUUCCAUCAUCAGGGAUAACGAAGCGCCUGUGGACGACAGUGGCGGCGCCCGGUCCCUGCCAGCGCUCCCGGCGCCCAUCAACGGCUCGUCGACGUCGACCUCUUCGUCGCAGGGCCUCAACGGCGCUGCGUCGACGGUGCAGGCCCCUCCGUCCUUCUCCACGUUUCACCUGAGCCCCUCAGGGGGGCAGGACUUUCAGCUCCACGAGCUCGGCAUGGAGAUGUUCCCUUCAUCCAGCUGGGGCGACGACAGUGGUGCGGGCGAAACGACGCCUACGGGCGAGACUGUGUGUGGCGAGACAAUGUGCGGCGGCGACACGCCCGACAACAACAGUUCGCGCGGCGGCAACAGUUCACGCGGCGGUUCGCGCGGCAGUGGUUCUCACGGCGCCAACAACAACAACAACAGCAGCGGCGACGACUACUCAGUGUCUCCUGCUCGACGCGGAGAGAGUCCCGCCGGCGCGCCACCUUCGUACGUGUACGGCGAGGACAGUGGGGGUGGCGGGUCGGCGCAGAAGCUCCGCAACUUGCUGACUCAGGGGCUCGAGGAAGGGGCGGGGAUGGGGCUGGGCGGGGGUGACGCCCCCUCGAGUAGUCGGGACGGGGAGGGGUCACGUGCGGAGAACGUCAUACUGCGGGAACUGCUCAAUCAGGAAGACGAAGACGCGAUGGAGGUGGGGGAGGGCGGACGCAAGUCGGGAGACGCCAUGACGGCGGCCGGGGCCGGCUCCAGUGGCGGCAACAACAUGCUUCGAAGGUUGCUGAAUAGCGACGACAGUGGGGACAAGAGUUACCGCAGGUCUCAGGACCUCCUCAUUCAGCAACUUCUCAAGGCUGAGUCACCUGACAAGCCCGAAAGCAGCAGUUCGGCUUCGAUGGACACCACGCCUGCCUCGGGAGACAGCCUGCUGAAGCAGUUCGGCAUUGAUCCCAGCAACCUGGGGGAGAUGACCAAUUCGGCACCGGCCAAGCGCAAGUCAUCCGAGGAGCCCUCUGACAUCUCGGGACCCCAAGGUUCCACAACAGCCGAGCUCCUGCAGCAGCAGGUCAAGCGAGCCAACAUGGCCGCCUCUCAGCCUAGGACACCUACUAUUACCCGUAUCAGUUACCAAAAGACCUCGUCCCAUUCCGCGCACUUCUACAACCUUUCAGCCGCCGGGAUGAUUCAGGGAGCAACAAGCAUGCCAUUUAGUCAAGAAAUUAAGGCGCACCUGGCCGGCCAGAACCCGAUGCUGGCGUCGAUGCUGGCGCAGACCCCUCGGCCCGUGCCCUCGGUGCCCACGUCCAUCGCCAACUCCAUAGUUUCCCAGCUGCCCCAGGAGCGGCUGCCCAAAAACCUUGAGAAGAAGCUGAUUCACACGCCGCCCACCAGCGCCGCCGGAGGGGUGGUUGGUCCGGGCGGAAUUCUGCAGCCCCAGCAGCCCCAGCAGCAGCAGCAGCAACAACAGCAGCAGCAGCAGCUUCAGCAGCAGCAGGCGCAAGUCAGCAAACCAAUCAGGACACUCCUGGGCCUUGGACAGCAAGACGGCACCAUGACACUGCAACAGCAGCAGCAGCAGCGGUCGUUCGCCGGCGGGGGCUUGGUACACCAGCAGCCGAGCCCCGUCCAGCAGCUGUCCCCUCUUCAGCACCACCAGCAACAGCAGGGAUUCCUCAGCAAGAUCCUGAUGACGGGGUCGGAGCCCACGCGGAAGCCUCAGCAGCAGCACUACCUGGCGUCGUCGACGUUUUCCGUGUCCCAGCAGCAGUCGGCGUCCGGACCGACGGGCAGCAACGCGGUCCUUUCCGAGCUGCUGGGCGAGUCAAGGAUACCCGCAAGCAUUGUCAAUGCAGUCAAUGCCUCGUCCGUGACGCUGGUCAGCAGCGGGGGCGGCGCCGGUUCGGCCGACCUGCUUCUCUCUCAGGUCCUGGACGACGUGUGGAGCUUACAGCAAGAGUUCCAGCUGGGCUGCAACGCAGAGAGUGCGAGCGGCGCUUCGGAAGAGACUGUGCUGCUCCGCCUGCUGGAAGAGGUCCUGGACAACAGCACGCCUCCGGUCACCCUGGCAGCCGCCCCGUCUCCCACAGACCUCAACGAGAAGAUGGCCAUCAGCGCCAUCCAGCAGCAGCUGAUGAGCUUCGAGUCGUCCUCGGCGGCAGUUGCUCAGCAGGCCCCGCUGUACGCCCACCACCCCCCGCACCCGCAGGGAGGCUACCAGGCGCCACCAGGCUACGCGACGGCGCAGAGGCUGAGGCUGGCUUCUCAGCAGCAACAGCAACAGCAGCAGCAACAACAGCAACAGCAGCAAGGGCUGAGGCCAAGCCACAUGCAGUACGCGACGGCGGUGGCGGCGCAACAGAUGAGCGCAGCCAACAUGGCCAAUGUGUCUCCGCAGAUGCGUCGCAACCUGCUGGAGCGCCGGCAGAAGAUCUUCCUUCAGCAGCAGCAGAAGCGGCUGCUGGCUCAGCAGCAGCAGCAGCAGCUGACGAUGCAGACGCAGCAGCAGCCCCCCGAUCCCUUCCCGCCAGAGAACAUGAACGACUUGCUCAACCACACCGUGGCACCUCCCAACAUAGCCAUCCAGCAGAGCUACCAGCUGGGUCAGGCCAAGGACCCCGUCCUUCAGGAAAGGAUGAAAAUGAUAAUGAAGCCGCGGACGCCGACCUCGAUGCCCGGCGGGGACGGGCCCCAGCUGUCCCCCCGGUUCGGGGGUGGGGUCCUGAGCCCCCCCCAGGCCCCGCUGCCCCCCCAGCAGCCCAGUCAGCAGCCGCACCAGCAGCUGUCCCCGGGCCAGCGCUACUCGCCGCAGCAGCCCUUCCCUAGUCCCCUGCCGUACCCGAGCCCGGGCUCCCCGCACCUGGCGUCCCCCCAGCAGACCCCAGGGGGAACGGGGGGUGCCCUGGGGGGGGCCCCUCCCCAGUGGGGGGUCCCAACCCCCAGGGGUCCUGCCUCGCUCCAGCAGCAGAACCCCAUGCUCAACGCCCAGCUCUCUCAGGGUACUUUUGCCGCACAACAGGCACGUUUCGUCAACCAAGUCAGGCAGCAGCAGCAGCAACAACAGCAACAGCAGCAGCAACAACAACAACAACAGCAACAACAACAACAACAACAGCAGCAGCAGCAGCAGCAGCAGCAGCAACAACAGCAUCAUCAGCACCAGCAUCAGCAACAGCAACAACAGCAGCAACAGCAACAGCAGCAACACCAGCAGCAGAUGGUUGCAGCGCUGAGAUCCCUACCCAGCCCCGGGAAUGCGGGGGGCGGGGGCGGGGGACAGACCCUCUCCCGGAACCCGUCCCCGUUUCCCCCGGGAGGGGACGGGUUUCCCCCGUCUCCCGUCGGGGCCCUCUUCUCCCAGAGGGGGCCCUCUCCCGGACCCCCGCCGGUGUCCCAGCAGCAGCAGGUGCGGCUACAGAGGACCAUGUCCGUGCCAGCCCGGGUGAACUCUCCGCGAACGCCCCAGCAGAACUUUGGUGGUGCCGACCCCCUCCUGUCUCCUCCCGGGGCCCAGCCCCAAAUGUCGCCGGGGGCCAGCUAUUCAGCGGGCGCACCCACAACCUCCACCCCCAUCUUCAACCUCGACGCAUCGCCUCACUUCAGCUUCGAUCAGCAGGCCCUGCAGAUUUUUUCGACGGGGAGUGACAGGAGUCGAGGGGCGGGCGGUGGCAGCAUGCCCUCCGAGUAUGUGCGUCAGGAGCUCAGGGCCAUCGUCGGGGCAAGGACACAGCAGCAGCAAGGACAGGCGCAACAGCUGAGCGGGCUGCACCAGCUCGGAGGAGGGGGCUCCUCCGGCCGGGGGGGCCAGUCGCUGUGCCAGGCGGACUUGGAGGCUCUGGGGCUGCACCUGGAGAUGGGGCCCGGGGACAGCCAGCCCUCGUCCCCGGCCAGCCUCUUCUCCCAGUCCCUGCUCGGGGAGCCCUCUGGCCUGCCGGCGCCCAGCCCCAGGAUGGACGACGCCGCCAAGCCAAGUGACCAGCGCAAGAGUUUACUUCAGCAGCUGCUCUCGGAACCCACCUAGUAGGAGGACAGAACAGCGGAGGGGAGUGCCAGCGAAGAAGUCGAAAAAAAAAAAAAGAGAUGCGCAAUGAGCGAAUUGCUUGGUGGUUUCUCGCAGACUGUGAUCCAUCCCUCCCCUCCCCCCGGUGCUCCUUCUCUCCACUUCCGAACCCUUCCCACCACCCACUCACCCCCUCCGAUCGAAAAAGGGAAAAAAAAAAAAAUGUGCGGUGCGAACGUGUGUUGUUGUUCUGGUCGCCGCAGCCGCGAGUGAGCAUCGUCGUGCGUCGCGCGCUACUUAAAACUGCGGACCCUUUUUUUUUUUUUUUUUCCGUCGGUGUCUUUGAAGAGGGGGUGAAUGUAACUACCACUACCACGUCUUUUCCUUCUCCCCCCCCUCCCUCCCCUUUCAGCUCGACCACCGUGGGAAGCGACGGUCCUCGUUUUGGGGGGGGGCCACGGGAGGUCUGCAGCGGCAUCGCUUAUUCUGUACAUAGGAGAGACUGUUUCCCGAUCGUCCAAGUGGGGGCGACGAAUCCAAAGCGAACUUGUGGGGACAAGCGGUUGCAGGACGACGCUUGUUUGUUGGUCGUUGCUGCCGUUCACUGCAGCUGUUUUUCUUUUUUUUUUUUUUGCCCUCGCCGUUUUUUUUUAAAAGGGGCGAUCUCUGUGUCUUGUUGCUUUGUACAUAUGUGUAAAGCCGCGCCGGCGAUGCCAGCGGAAGUCUCGUUAAAUGUAGUUAGGUCGACUUGUUCUCUUUUUUUUUUUUUAACCUAUUAUGUACAGUCUUGUGCAUGGAAGAGGAAAAUGUAAGGAAGAGAUAUUUUAGUUUCGGGGGGCAGGUUUGCCGAUAGGUUUUCGCUUGACAUGGAAUCUGUGUUACUCGUUUUUGGCUUCUUACUGCUGGGAAGCCGUUCUUUUCUCUGCUCCCUUCUUUUGGCAAGAACGAUUUUGGCCUCGAAUCCACUUGGAGCCGUUCUCUUCUCCUUUUUUUUUUUUUUUUUUUGAUUGUCCAUACUUUUUGUUUUUUUGUUCUCCUUUUUUGCGCGAGACUUCAGAGGCUGGAAAAAGGUCGGUAGCUCCGCUACUGUUGUUGAUGUGUCUUUUACGAGUAAAUAAGAGAGUCCAUCGGUCUUUAUUUUCUUCUUCUCUUGCCAAAGCUGUUGCCUUUUGAAAUACUACCGAACCGAGCUGUAGACUUGCUGCUUCUAUCAGAGACGCUCUUUUGGCAGGCCUUUCCCAGUGUACGAUACGGGCGAAGAUAGUGACACGACAAACUAGGGAAGAGUGGAGAGAAUGUUCAAAGGGAGAGUGACUUGCUUGACACGCAGCAGAUACUCAAUCGAGAGUGGAGAGCUUUAAGACGGGAGAAGAGGAAAAAAGGAAGUCUGUGAUGGUUCUGUGAAGUUUGAGGGUGCUGGCAAACUGGGUUCAGUUCACUAGGGUUGCUAGGAGUCUUGUUGAAAGUUUUACUAUCAGUUUUUUUUUUUUUUUACAUCUACUAUACUACUAAAUGGCCUUAGACCUACUUGAUUUGACCCUUUUGUUAGGGAUUACUGUCUACCUCACUUUGUGUUGGCAUGGUUUGGAAUUGUUUAGGAAACGUUUUCUUGCUGGGUGUGUUCUAUGUUUGUUAUCUCUUGCGUGCGUACAAAUAACCUUGGGGAUGUCCUGGUUCGGUCACGGCAGAAAAACAAACUGACGUUGCACUGUUAAUUUUGUCUCGUGGGGGGGAUUGGCGCUACUUUCCCUAAGAAGUGCUUUAAGGUUGCUUAGUGUUUUUUUGUUUUUUUUUUAACAUUUGUUGGCAUUGGGCCCUUUGGCUUGUUCUGUGGAUUGUGCAGUGGUUGUUGUGUGUGGUGCAAGAGAUACGUGCAGGGGAGUGGGUGAGCUUGUCUCCCCCAGAAUGUGCUGACGUCUCGCGGGAGCGGUAGUACUGAAGACGUGAUUGCUUUGGGUCCCCUGUUUCUGUGCAGUGGUCGCUAGCGAACCUUGCUAGACUUAAAAAGUUGGGGGCUCAACGGAGAUGCAAAAGAAUAAGCUGCAAUGAAUACUACAACAGCAGCCACUGGAAACUGCAAAGUUUCUGUGCCUGAUAUUUUCUCGGUUAAACUUAAGAAGAAAAAAAAGAGAGCUGUCACACUUAAGAGCAGAUAACUUGUCGUGCCUUUGUCAUAGCCGCCAACACCACAGUGCGAAAGCCUGGGGGUGUUUUUAUGAUGUAGCCUGCCAUAGACUAAAAAGGGGAGGCCUAGAGGAACCAGAUGCUCCAGAUCUGUUAAACGCGAGAGUGGCAGUUUCCCGUGAUUGUUUUCUUUUCUAGUAAAUAUAUAUAAAUAUAUAUAUAUAUUAGAUAACAUAGUCAUUUAUAUAUGUAUAUGUUGAGACAAGGCACUUGUGAGAUAAAGAAAACAAAACCUUAGUCAAGCUGUGACGAGAGAGUACAAGCGGUGUUCUUCUGUUGCGUCUUUUUCCUUGAGGUGGAGGGGGAGAAGAUGGGGUACAAAGGAAAAAAAAAGUUGGAUCUCCAAAACAAUGCAACAGGUGCUCUUUUCUUCUGCGCUGUGGGGCAGGUUGCAAACUUUUAUGAGCGUUGAAAACCCUUUUGGCACACGACAGUCCAUUACGCCUGCCCAUCUUUCAGCAGCUCAAGCGCCCCGACAAAAAAAGACAGUUCAUUGCCAGCGAGUUCUUUCCACCUUUCUCCGACAUCUUCUAGGGCCUUAACAACUGUUACUAUUCUGCUACUGCAUUAUAAAUAUACUAUAUAUAUAUAUACAUAUAUAUAUAUACGGGAGAUACUAUAUAUUACACAACCUCUGUUUUGUCUUGGAAAAAGAUGAGAUGAAAAAAAAGAUGCUAUUUGUGCGCUGUAAAGUUUUAGAUAAAGAAGAAGAAAAGAAAAAAAUGUGCAUCAUACGAGAGAGGAUGUUUCUGAUAUUUUUGUAAUUGUGGUGGGAGACUGUGGUUGCAUUCUCGUGCCCUCUCCCCACGCCCCAAGGUUUGUAGAGUUCCGAGGAGUUUCUUCAGGAAGGCCCGCUUUUCGAGUUCUGUUUUUCGGUUGUUGUUGGUCCUGCUUGAGACAUUGGCAAGUGCGCUUCUCUGUUGCUGCUGCUCUCUUCCCGUUCCUUGUUCACGGGACUUCUUUUAGAUUUUUUUUCGCUUCUGUGUAUAAAAAAGGGUUCCUGUUUUCUCCAUGUUGUACAGCGAUGUUUGAAAGUGGCUCUUUGCCCCCCCCCACCCCCCAUCCCCGAAGGUUUUUGAGUUAACUUCGGCCAGCACGAAGAAGGGGCUCUAUUAGUCUUUAACCUAAAAGUGUUGUAUUAUACUAUCUUAUCGUUGAGAAGAGAAUGUGUAGUAUAUGGAGAGGAAAAAAAAUGAUAAAAAGUGUUCUUGAUUUGUGGCAAUGCACUGUGAGUUUUUGUUGUAUACAAAAUAAUAUACUAUUAAACAACAACAUGUAACGAAUUACAUGUGGAAACUUAAA